UUGUAAAUGGAUGAGAAAAAGAUUGUGAUGAGAAACGUUGACUUACACGAAGAUACAAAGACUCUCAUCUCUUCACUUCCUUCAGACAAAGAUUCUUGUGGUAAAAGUAUUUGUAAGUACCAAGGAUGUUGGUAUACUCAUCAAGCUCUCCAAGGUGUCCUCCGUUUCCAGAAAAACUUCAAGCCUCAAGACACCGAUGUCAUCGUUGCUUCGUUCCCUAAAUGUGGUACAACUUGGCUCAAAGCACUCACGUUCGCACUUGUUCGUAGAUCAGAACAUCCUUCUCAAGAUCAUCACCAUCCUCUUCUUUCUGAUAACCCUCAUGUUCUUGUACCUUACCUUGAGAUGAAUCUUUAUUACUAUAGCGAGAAACCGGACCUGACCAAGUUCUUGUCGUCUCCGAGGCUGUUCUCCACACACAUGCCGUUACAUCCUCUCCAAGAAGGUCUUAAAGAUUCUCCUUGUAAGAUUGUGUAUAUGUGUAGGAACGUGAAAGACACUUUGGUUUCUUAUUGGCAUUUCUUUUGUAUGAAACAAAGUAACGAUGAAGUUGUAAGCAGUCUCGAGGAUACGUUUGAGUAUUUUUGCAAGGGAGUCAAUCUUUUUGGAUCUUUUUGGGACCAUGUCUUAAGCUACUGGAGAGGAAGCUUAGAAGAUCCAAAUCAUGUGUUGUUCAUGAGGUUUGAGGAUAUGAAAAAAGAACCUCGUGAGCAGAUCAAGAAACUUGCUGAGUUCUUAGGUUGUCCUUUUACUAAGGAAGAAGAAGAGAGCGGAACGAUGGAUGAGGUUAUAGAUCUUUGCUCUCUACGUAAUCUAAGUAGCUUGGAGAUCAAUAAGACUGGAAAGCUAUAUAAUGGUAGAGAUAACAAAACAUUUUUUCGUAAAGGAGAAGUUGGUGAUUGGAAGAACUAUUUGAGUCCUGAAAUGGAGAACAAAAUCGACAUGAUCAUCAAAGAGAAACUUCAAAACACUAGUUUGAAAUUUUGAGUGUUUUUUGCUUUUCCUCCAUUCUCCAAUGCAUUGUAAUAAGACUACCUUAUAUGUUGUUGUUAUGUUAUGUUCCUUUGAUGUUACAGUUU